AAUGAAAACUGGAGGAGUACCCGCUAGCCAGUUCUAGGCUUUUCAUCCCCAAAUAGAAUUAAAAGCGCGAUAGACUCGUGACUUUAAGUAACGUUACGGAGAACAAGAGCUGACGCAACGAGGAAGAAGACCGCGUCGAAAGGUCGUGGCAACUUCUUUUGUGCUCUGCAAGGAGUAGGAGCCAAUUUACAGAUGUGGUUCGGCUGUCAACCUUAGGACCUGGGAGAAAAUGGGAGCAGCAUGAUUCAUGUUCGCCUCCGAGGGGGGGAAAACGGGAAAGCCUGAGCGGACCAGAAGGAAGCCCGUCAUUCUUCGGUAACUAUUCAACAAAUCUCCCUUCCUAUUUGUAUUUGUUCUCUCCGGAAGAGGCCACCUGAGUGCACGUCAUUGUAGCAAGGGAUUUCUUUCAUUACCUGUCUGGUUUCUUCUGUCUUUUAUCUUUUGCCUUGUUGUAAAGCCAUUGUCUCUCUGCUCCUCUUAAUAUAUAUAUAAACACGCAGUGUCACUGUGAAAAUGUCCUUGCAGUACCUCAAGGAUGACAGAGGUAAGGAUCAGCUGCUUUAUAAAGGAUAUCUGUAUAAGAAAGUCCGAGCAAGCGGGAACAAAACGUUUUGGAAGUGUGCUGAAUACCGCAAAUACUGUUGUACAGGAAGGGCUCACACAAGCCACGACCAGGUUAUAAAGUCUUUGCCCCAUCUUCAUCCUCCCACCAGGAUGCCAGCAGAAGCUGAACAAGUGCCAGAUGGUGCAAAAGAAAGCACCGUGGGUCCAGAAUCCCUCCCUAAAACGAAUACAGCAAGUUGUAACGCAUUGUCAGAAGUUCGUACCAAGAAAUGGUGCGCAAACCAUCCAAGUCAGACAAUACAGCGUUUGAGGGCGUGUUUGAAGGCAACCCGCCAAUCUUCACCCAAUUUACGGGAACCCGUCACUGCCGUUGAAAUGACUACUCAAGAGCCAAUUGUACCAUCAGCUUUAACAUCUCCUGGCUUUCAUGAGUUCCCUGAGAGCUCCGUGGACAGAACUUACACGCCAAACCCUGCUCUUUGUAAAGAGAAACACACUCAGAACUCGCCUUCAAUCCAGGCUAAUCGGGAAGCCGGUCGACAGAGAUUCCGCCUGUCCACCCUCCUGCCUGGAGAAACUCUGCAGGAGAUGCUGUCCAGGUUGAGCACCACAGCUCUGCAGUGGCUCCGUCCUCAGGAACACAGGAAGGACCAGAUUGUGGACAUGGUCAUCCUGGAGCAAUUUCUCAGUGUGCUUCCAGCAGACAUGCAGACAUGGCUGAAAGCCCAGGAGCCAGGCAGCAGCGAGGAGGCCAUUCAGCUGGCUAUGGCCUAUCAUAGACAGGAACCUGCCAAGCCCGUUCAGGAUAUGAUAACCUUUGAAGAUGUAUCUAUUCAUUUCACUGAGGAAGAAUGGACUCUACUCAACCAUAAAGAAAAAAACCUUUAUUGGAAUGUCAUGCAUCAAAAUUAUGAUAAUGUAGCCUGUCUGGCAAGUGAUCAGAUCAAAGGAGAAAGUCAAGAGGAAGAUCCCUUGCAGGAAGUCUUUGAACCAGCAGUGGAAUGGGUUGAAAAAUCCAAGGAGACAGUUUUACAACAUCCUGAAGAAAAGUUGAAUAACAGCUGUCUGAAGAACCAGCAAAAGAGAACCUUGGAGAAGGAAGAAAUAUUCACUGGUUCUGAAAGAAAUGUGAUGGGACCAGACAUAGACAUCAUUCUUCUAGGCAGUGAAGAAGGGCUGCAAAGUCAAGGCAUACAUAUUGAUUAUGGAGAAGGUGGUGCAUCUGAAAUAUCUAUCAAUGAUCAGAAAAGCCUGAAAGGAGAAAAUCUAAGAGGCUCAUAUGGAAUAUUCAAUAAGAUACGUCCCCAGAAUUUUAAACAAAAUUUAAUCAGAGUGGAACAGAAUGAUACGGAAAGGCAACAGUCAGAAAAAGAGAAAUUUUAUGGAAGCCAUUGGAGAAAUCGAGUCCACCAUGAAACCACAACAAAUUGGAAUGCUGGGUGCGCAACCAUUGAUGAUAUAGAACAAACUGAGCCACUGAUAUGCAACAGUCAGAGAGAUUUUAGAUCUGUAGAUAAAUCAUUGGAAACGAUUAUGGAAAGGAUUUCUCCAAGUCCUGAUUCAGAUCCAGUGCUCAUUUGCUCAAAAAUAUGUUCUGCUGAAUUGAAUGAAAGUACGGAUUUGACCAGUGAAAACCAGAAGAUUCUGGAAAGUGGUCUGGUUAAUAGUUCAGGAAAUGAAGGAGGGCUGGAGAAACUUAAUUCUUUUGGAAGUUUUUUACAGGAACCAGCAACACAGAUUCCUCAUCCAGAUGUUCAACAAGACUCAGAAGCCCAGUACAGAUAUGCCAGUGAUAGUAACGAAGAUGACGCUUCCAAAGUCAUCCUUGGAGGUCAGUUGAUUACAUGUCCUAAGAAUAAGCAUUUUAAUUCUUUCAAACAGUAUGCCAAUCCUGAGGAAAUCAUCAGUAGCCUUUCAGCUUUAAUAAAACGCAGGAGAGUGGACACAAAAUAUUUCAGCAGGAGAAAUUUGAAAUUCCAAUCUGGAGCACAUCAUAGAACUCGCACAAGAAAUAAUCUCCAGAAACGCUUGAUUAGGCAUAACUGGUGGUACUCUAAACAAAACAGAAACUGGCUUCUUGAAUCAGGAGUUACUCUAAAACACUUCCCAAAGUUUGAACCUGUAACACUUAACACCCAAAUGGGUGAAGCUUUGUACCUGGCUAUGCAAAUCAUAAGGAGGUUUUCUGCAACUGGAUUUUUCUCUUCGAGUUCCCCUCAAAUGGAACAACAGGAGAGAUCUUUUCCUCUUCCCUUUCUAGACAAAAUGGCUGCUGAGCCUACCUUAAGCCAGGUAAUGACUGUGCUGCAGCAGGUGGCUGCUAAUAUUGCAGAAAUCAAGGCAGCUAUCUCCAGCCUGCAUUCCACUGUAACUAGCCUCCAGAAUGGAUGUUUCUCUGAGUGUACAGUUGAAGCUGAAGGUGGGAUUUCUGAUUUGAAAGACCCCGCCCAAAAGACUAAAGAUCAUGCCUGGGCAGUCUUGUAAUGAUAUUAAAGCCACUGAAGUCAAACAGGUAGGAACAUCCAUGCAGUAAGAGCUAAAUUGUGGUCAUGCUUGAAAUUCUCCACAUCUCCCCAAUUCAUGAAUUAAGAGAUUCAUGAAGAAAAGAUUCAAUUCCAAGCUGAUAGAAUAUAGAAUUAUAGAGUUGGAAGCACCCAUUUCUGGAAGUAACAUUUAUUUAUAGUAACGUUUGUAGAAAACGUUUCAAAACUGCAAAAAAGAAGCAGUAGUAAUCGUAGUAAUAAAAUGAAGUGUUUUUUUGUGUCGGUGGAUUGAAAGCAGAACAUGGAAAAAGGAGGUUUAAAACAGUUUGCUGUAAUUCCCAUGUUCAGAAACCAAGAAGAUGGCCUCUCACUGAUCUUCUGUCACACAAAACAUAAUAUGUUGAGGAAUAUCUGUCAGAAAAAUUUCUUCUGGGAAAAGAUUAUGCAAAUAGAAGCAAAACAAUUGUUUAAAAAGGUUGACCCUUUUUAGAAAGGAAGGGAGAAAUAAAAGGAAGCUUUUAAAAUAUGCAUUAUGUAAUAUGAGUAAAUUGUCUCUGUUAGCUCAUUCCACAUAACUUUCUUUUAGGCAUGAUGUUCUUGCAGCUUAGGUGUUAACCAAAAUGCCUUCAAAAAUAGGAUUCUAUCUUUGUAUGUGGAUGCACACAAAUAAUUGAGUGUGCACUUCUAUGCACUCUUACUUGUGAAUAAGCACUAUGGCAAUGGGACUUAUUUUCUUGUAAACAUGCAUUGUUUUUUAAUUUUAAAUUCCAACAUGAAAUCAAAAAGAGGCUCAGUAAUUGGUGGGCCAGGAGAGAAAAAUCAUCUCAGUUUCUCCAUUGUGUAUCUUACGUCCUCAGCUUCUUCAUCUCAGAGGUUUUACCACAUAUUAUAAAGAUUCCCAUAAACCGAACUCAGUCCCUGAUUAUAGAAAGGUGCUUUUCUUGGGAAGAGUACCAAGUGGUUCGUUCCUGCUUUCUUCUGUGAUAUUUGUUCCACUUCCCACCCUAGAUCAGAUCCCUGGAAUCUUUGGUAGUCUUCCGUCCAAGCAUCAUCAGCCAAAGUUAAAUGCAGCCAUUUUGCUAAAGGAAUAAACUGUAUGGGCAGAUGUGAUGCGUAGUCCAAUUCCAGCAGCGACCAGUAAAUCCACCUCUUUAUGGGAAUCCUACAAGCAGGCCAAGGCUUAUAGGAAAGAGUCCUUUCUUUGUCUCCAUAACUUGAAAAAACUGCCUUUGACCACAAUGGUUCAAUUUAGGAAACACGUCUUUUUCUUCAUAAAUGUGUCAAAACCAGUGGUGGGUUCCUACAGAUUCGGACUGGUUUGAGCGAACCAGUAGUGGUUUGGCGGCCUGGGUUACUGGAACUGGCAGCGACCCAGGCCUGCCACGCCCCUGAACCGGUUCUCAUAUGGCUGCACCACUUUGAUUUUCGGUUUCAUUGCAUAAAUGUAAUUUCCCCCCAUUUUUUAACAUUUUGCGCAUGCGCAGACCUAUUUAUGUGCAAAUGCGCACACAUUUUUGCGUGCACCAAACUGGCAGUAAUGCCAGCAGUAAACCACCCCUGGUCAAAACCCCAUUUGAAUUCCAGCUAGACUGACUGCGAGCAGACCCCUCACAGAGAGGUCGAACAACACGAGGCUGGGUUUCUCAGGGCUCGGCUCUUGAGUCAAUAUUUUUCAUUUGGUAAUCUGAAUACUUAGAUUUGGUAAUCUGAAUACUUAGUAAGAGGGAUAUUUUUUUAUAUGUAGAAUGUGUUUUCCCACCCACAUAUUCAUAGUAGAUGCUGCCUCCAGAGAAAUAUGUCUGGCUCUGAUUAUUCUUAAUGUCAGCCAGGGAAGGGUUUACUACCCCAGGGAUUCUGAAUGAUGACUGGGUUAAUUUUAAACUUUCUUGAUUUUGGGAGGCUGCUGCUUUUACAGCAGUAUUUUAUAACGCUUAGUGUUACGCAUUUUAGCUAUUCCUUUCUUAAUGUAUAUUUUGGUGGCUCAAAAUUUAAUUUGGUGAUUUUAAAGUAAAAAGGUAAACAGUAAAGUAUCCAAGUUAGCAUAAUUUGCCUGACUAAAUCUGAGUUUAAAAGCUAAGUAACCCGUUUUCUUGAAAAUAAGACUUCACCGGAUAAUAAGCCCAAUUGGACUUUUGAGUGCAUGCGCUAAAAUAAGC